UAUUAAACGAAGACGAAGUAGAAGCGGAAGCGGAAGCACAACCAUGGAUGUAUAGCUUCCAGCCGAAGCGUGUGUGAAAUUCAAUGAGUUAGUCAGUGUCACUAGCAAAAUAACAAUGUUUUCUGUGAAUAUUCUGCGUAGACUAAGACCCUGUGUUGUUGCUCAGUCCUUCAGUAACAUUCACACUACGGCCGCGCGACACGGUGCGCCGUUGAACGUGUCUUGUUUCCGAGGAGUGAGUGGGAGCGAGCUAACGUCACAUGCUAACAGAAGGUCGUUCCUCAACAUAAACAACAAGGUGCAGUCCCGCUGUCCGUCCAGCCGUUGUCUGUCUGCGGCGACCCACUCCGAGGAUGGGAACCUCAUUUACACCGGCAGCCUGGGCGCUGCUGUUCGAGGGGUGAAGAUGUUUUCUUACAGCACCAGCGGGGCCAGCCUCUUCCUCAUGCCCCACAUCCUCCUGAAGACCGGAGUCCAGGGCUUCGUCAUGAAGGCCGCGUUCUGUGGAGUCAUUGGAUUCUUCACCUUCCUCACCCCCGUCCUCCUCCACCUCAUCACCAAGGGCUACGUGGUGCGCCUGUACCACAACCGCGACACCGACACCUACACGGCCAUCACCUACAGCGUGCUGCUCACUGAGAAAAGGAGCGUGUUUCACCAGAGGCAGGUCAGGAUCCCAGCCGUCAGCAAGAUGUUCACCACCUUGUACGCUGGCGAAAUGGGGCUGCUGGUAAACCCGGACAUGUUCCCCAUUCCACAUGACUACAACCACCUGAUGGGCUACGAUAAGCCCUUCAGCUUCGACACGGACGACAUAGAUAGACCUGAUAAGAGCUGAACCACGGGGUUGAUUGUGGUUUUAGCAUUUGAAUUAUAUCCGCAACUCCAAACUGCACAGUACGUACACGAACAUUUCAACUAGGGUGGAAUAUCCACAGGGGACUUUAUUAAUAACUCUCAACUAGAUUUCCAGAUGUUUUUUUCUGUCAAUAUUUUCAUGUUAAUAAAUUAUAACGUCAUUAUCAUGA